CAUAUUGCUGGUUAGAUCUUUGCCAAAGCAGACAGAGACACAAAUUAGUUGUGAAAAUGUGGGCCUUGUUGGUGCUCGCUCUUGCCCUCACUGUUAGGGCAUCAGAAACCAGCAACGACACAGCAGUGGAAGAAAAACCUGUCAUAGCCAGAGCUAAACUGAUGGCUCCCAGUGUGGUCGGAUGAGGCAUAAAGAAGCUGCCUGAGCUCUAUCAUUUCCUCAUGGAGCGAUCGGCUUUAUACCACAACUUGGAAUAUGAUUCAUCGGAGGAGAAGAAUCCCCGUCUGAUAUUCUAUAAUGAAAAGGACGAGGUUGUAAAGACUGUUCCCGUGAAGAAAAUGAAGGCGGACGAGAUCAGCAGCCUGUUGGAGUCUCUGGGUUUCUACAAGAGGUCCCAGAAAGGGGAAGAGGUGCCAGAGGAGUUCCAGCAUUUCCCCCUGCCAGCCCCCAGGGACGAGCUGUGAUGACACCUUGUGGCCAAACUCUGCUUCUGCACUUCCAGACCUGCAUUAAUGACGACUGGGGCCCAAAGGCUGGAACAGCAGCCAGGCCCCCCUCUGAGGACUCGCAGGCUGGGUGCAGAGUGCAGGGUGUUGCUCUGUCAUUGUGUUUAUUUACUAAAUUUAAAUAAAAAUACUAUAAAACACUAAAAAAGAA